AUGUGGGGCACAGGGUGCUCCGGGGCAGCUUUGUGGGGUACAGAACCCUCGUGCCAAGGGCCCCUGCGAGCUUCCCCCCCUCCCUGCUGUGCCAGUGGCUUGUUUCUUGCCUCACCCGCGGUGCUGGGCUCAGCACCAAUCUCCAUCUCAGCCCGGCAGACCCCCAUCCUUGGGGGCUUUGCCCCUUGCCCUUCCCCAGCAGAUGCUGAAGGCACCCCUGGGCUCAGCCUGUGCACUUCCCCCUCUGCAGUGUUCUCCGUGAGCCCAGGGCCGAGCCCGGGCUCAGCAGGGACUGCAGGCACCCCCUCGGGGCUGCAGCGUGGGGUGCAGAGAGGGAAGGGAAGGGUGAAGGGGGAGCCCCACGUGUGUAAUGAGGGGUCCCGCAGAGGGGCUGGGAUCAGUCCCGGGUGGGUGAACAACCCCCAGGUGUGCAGUGAGGGUCCCGAAUGGGGGGGAUCGGUCACGGGUGGGGGUCGCCGUGCAAGGGGCAGCCCCGCCGCCGAGCCCCGGGGCGGGGGGUGGUCGCGGCGGGCGGGGCGGAGCGAGGCGGCGGGGUUAUGUAAGGCGGCGAUUACCGGGGACCGGGCCCGGGGCGCGGCCGGGCGGCGCCGCGAUGGGAGCGACGAGCAGCGGCCCCGGCUCGAUCCCGGCUCCGGUGCGGCCCCCCCAGGUGCGUGCGGCGGCAUCAGCCCCGGGGCUCCCCCGGGCACCUCCCGCCCCGGGAUCCCCUCGCUGACGCUGUCCCCGGUUCCGCAGGGCCGCGCCGUGGGGUCGUGGGUGCGGGCGCUGUUGAGCCGAGCAGGGUCGGUGCCGGUAUCGGUACCGGUGCCGGUACCGGGGCUCGCCUUGGCCCCGCGGGGCCCCGCCGAGGAGCCGCCGCUGCCCGGGUGGCCGCUGCCGCAGCUCGUCUCGCUGUUCCUGCCGGAGUUCCCCGUCCGCCCCUCCGCCCGCCAGCAGCAGCUCAAGAUCCUGGGCUUCGUGGCCAAAGGCUCCUUCGGGACCAUCCUCAAAGUGCUGGACUGUGGGAGGGAGAAGGUCUGCGCCGUGAAGGUUGUGCCCAAAGUGGAGGUGCUGCGCCGUGACACCCUCAAACAGUGCAAAGAAGAAGUCAGCAUCCAGAGACAGGUCAGGCACCCGUUUGUCCACGGGCUGGGGGACAGCUGGCAGGGCCAGCGCCACCUCUUCAUCAUGUGCACCUACUGCAGCACCGGGGACCUGCACGCGCUGUGGCGCGCUGCCGGCUGCUUGGCCGAGGCCACCGUCCGCCUGUUCGCCGCCGAGCUGGUGCUGGUGCUGGUGUACCUCCACGACCUGGGCAUCAUGCACAGAGACGUCAAGAUGGAGAAUAUCCUCCUGGAUGAGAGAGGGCACCUCAAGCUCACUGAUUUCGGCCUCUCCCGGUACCUGCAGUGGGGUGAGCGAGCUCACACAAUCUGUGGCACCCUGCAAUACAUGGCCCCAGAGGUGCUGAGUGGGGGGCCCUACAGCCAUGCAGCCGACUGGUGGUCCUUGGGAGUCCUGCUCUUUGCUCUGGCCAGUGGGGAGUUCCCUGUGGCUCCAGCUGGGGACCAUGUGGCCAUGCUGGAACGUGUCAAACAGAGCAGCUAUGAGAGCCCACCCCAGUUCAGCCCUGAGCUAGCCCGGCUGCUUGCUGAGCUGCUGUGCCACAACCCCCUGUACCGUCUGCGCUACCUCCACCACUUUCAGGGCCACCCCUUCUUCCGCGGGGUGGCUUUCGACGCUGACCUGCUGCAGAAGGACCCGGUGGUGGUGGCAGUGGCCCCGCGACCCCCCGAGCAGCCCCCACCCGAUCCCGCCACUUUCGCCGACUUUGACUACGAACUCGCCGCCUCCCCGGACCGGCCCUGGCCUGGCUGAGCCACCACGGCUGGGACCCACCAGGGCUGGGACCCACCAGGGCUGGGACCCACCAGGGCUGGGACCCACCACGGCUGGGACCCACCAGGGCUGGGACCCACCACGGCUGGGACCCUCGGCAUCGCUCAGGGACAUCCCCCUACCCCGGCAGCGGGUCGGACCCUGCUGGGCCGGGUCCCCCAAGGGGUUACCCGGGUACCCCCCGAUCUCAUCCCCGGGUACCUCAACUCUGUACCUCUCCCCGCGGGAGCAAUAAACCCGAGAGCCGCUGGCA